AUGAGAGGUCUUUACCGAGGAGACCCUUUAUCCCCUCUACUCUUUGUUAUUGGUAUGGAAUAUUUGUCUAGAAUUUUAAGAAGGGUGGAAGGUAGCUAUGGCUUUCAUCCUUGGUGUAGGAGAAUUAAAUUGUCUCAUUUAUGCUUUGCUGAUGAUUUGAUGCUUUUUUGUAAAGGAGAUGUCUCAUCAGUUCGAACCCUUCAUCAGUGCAUUCAUAGCUUUUCCCAAGCUUCGAGGUUACAUGCUAAUGCUUCUAAGUCUGCCAUAUAUAUAAUUGGGGUUGCUCCGUACAUUCGAUCAGCCAAUGGAGAUCUUACUCAUUUUUCUUUUGGCACUCUUCCUUUUAGAUACUUGGGUGUCCCGCUCUCAUUCAAGUGUCUCUCGAUAGUUGAAUGUGAGAAGUUAGCAGACAAGAUGACUAGUAGAAUUCAAAGUUGGCAGGCAAAAUAUCUUUCUUAUGCAGCUAGACUUCAACUCAUCAAUUUUUUUGGAACUAUUGAUUCUCAUAAACCUGGGAUGGUGAAUUGGAAGAUGGUUUGUAAACCAAAGAAGGUUGGUGGUGUUGGCAUCCGAAAUUUAUGCAUUUGGAACCAAAGUGCUAUGGGGAAGAUUGUCUGGUACAUUUAUAUGAUGAAGGCGUCCUUGUGGGUCAGAUGGGUCCAUGGUGUGUAUACCAAAGGCGGUAACUGGGAGAUUUUCAAUGCGCCAUCACGGUUAGUUGGGGAUGUUUACUCUAUUAAAGCUGUGUAUCUCGAGACUUUCAAGUCCACUCCAAAAGGUAAAUGGAAAUUUGUGGUUUGGAAUAGAAUGUCUAUCCCAAGACAUCGUUUUUGCUGUUGGCUCAUGGCUUUGAAUAAGCUUAAAACUAAAGAUAAGCUCCAACUUUGGGUGUAA